AUGCCCGGUGCUGAUGAAUCCGGCAACGAACCAGCGACGGUUGGAAUACCAUCCCAGGCACCAGCAUUCGGGGACUUGCUCGGUAUCCAUCACAGAUUCAAUGACGCCAACGAGUUCGUAACUUGCGUGCAGGCGUGGGCACGUGCCCGAGGCUUCACAGUGUCGCGGAAGGGAAAGAACUUUUCGGAGAAAAACCCCCACCCUGUUCACGGUGGACGAGGUGCUAUCAUGUGGCGAUCCACCCUUUACUGCACGCACAAGGACCAGGCUUGUAGUGGCCGGUCGACGUGCACGUGGCAUAUCAAGUUCAGUUUUGACAAGGCCAAUCUGAACUAUUCCAUCACUUCCAUAGUAGUCUAA